AUGGAUAAGGAUGCUUUUGUGGACUACGAGUAUCCAGACCUGGAUCCUCCGCCGUCCAAAAUGGAAAUGGAAGUAAUCCCUCCAUGUGACCCCACGGCUGAUGACAGGCUCUACCACAUAUGCAUCACAGCGAUUUCUCUCGUCGUCAUGCUGAUCCUCGCGAUCUUGGCCAGACGCACAAAGGCGAACAACAGACAGAAAGGACUCCCGGGUUUACUCAGUCCGGUCAACUUCCUGGACCAUACACAGCACAAGGGCCUGGCGGUGGCUGUGUUUGGAGUGCUCCUGUGCAAACUGUGGGGCCUGGUCAUUUCCCCAAACCCCCUCCCCUUCACAGCGGACUCAGAGAACAAACAGAACUGGGUGAUUCUGGGAGUCUUCUUCUACCCCGCACUUUACUACCCUCUCCUGGCAUGUGGCACCUUGCAUAAUAAAGUUGGCUACGUGCUCGGCAGCCUCUUGUCCUGGACCCACUUUGUUGUUCUGGUCUGGCAGAAAAUCGACUGUCCAAAAACGGCGUUGAUCCACAAACACUACUCCCUCUUCUCCAGCCUGCCGCAGAUCGCCUGCUUGGCAUUCCUCAGUUUCCAGUAUCCACUUCUGCUCUUCAAGGGCUUAAAGGGCACGGAAAAGCACAACGCUACAGAGGAUCUAACCAGCAGCUACUAUAAAGAGUAUGUGAAGAAAAUCCUCAAGAAGAAGCCCAACCAAAUCAGCACAUCGAGCACAGAGACGCCGAAGCUCCCUCAAAGAAUAAUUGAUGCUGUGAAGUCGUACAUCUACAGACCAGAGGAAGCUUUCCGUUUUCCACUGAAGUUGGCUAUAUCUGGUGUCGUGUCAUUCAUAACACUGUAUCAGGUGGGUCUCCUUCUGAUCUCGGGAGUGGUGCCUACUCUCCAGACCGCUCGUAUGGGAGUGGAUGAGGACAUCGCCAACGUUUUGGCUGGAUUCAGGAUAAUGCUGUCUCCAGACAAACAGGAAGUGGUGCGAAUCGUGGUUUAUUACAUGUGGUGUGUAGAAGUGUGCUACAUCUCAGCGAUGACCCUGUCUGGUUUGGUCAACCUGGCUAUGCUCAUGCGCUCUAUGGUUCUGCAUCGGUCAAACCUGAAGGGGCUGUACAGAGGAGAUAUCUAUAACGUGUACAACUGCCAGAGAAGCAUCAGGGCUUCUCGGCCGGCGCUCGUCUGCUGGAUGGGAUACACCAGCUUUACAGCUGCUCACAUCUUCAUCGGCAUGAUGGUCCAGACUAUGGUGUUCUUCCUCUGCCUUCUGAUCACUGUGUUCCUCAUCAUCAUACCUGUCCUGCACAGACAGAACCUGAUUCUCUUUCAGAUCCUCUGGAGCAUGUGGCCCUUCUGGCUGAUGAUUCUCUUGGCUGUGGUGAUUCAGCACAUCACUGCCAGGUUUUGCUUCAUCAAGAAGACAGCAGGCACUCGAGACCUAAACAACAGGGGGAAUCUGUUCCUGCUGACGUACCUGCUUUUCCCAGUCAAUGUCCUGAUUGGGGUGCUCCUGGCGGUCUGGCGCAUGAUCAUCACCGCCCUGUUCAACAUUGUUCACAUGGGACGUAUGGACAUCAGUCUUCUCAACCGCAAUGUGGAGGCGUUUGACCCAGCCUACCGCUGCUACGCUCAUUAUCUGAAGAUUGAGGUGAGCCAGUCACACCCUGUGAUGAAGGCCUUCUGCGGGAUGCUGCUUCAGUCUGUGGAACAGGAGACCAAUGCUAAUGCUGCACAGAGGACACGGGAUGCUGAGGAGGGGAUCCAGCUGGUCCAGCAGGAGAAGAAACUCUGCAAAGUGUCCAGUGCCAAGAAGGCCCGUAGGCACUGGCAUCUCCUCUACACCCUGGUCAACAACCCGUCCCUGGUGGGCACCAGGAAGCACUUCCAGCGUCAGGCCGCAGAGAGCUUUGUGAAUGGGAGCCUCAGCCGCAGUGCCAAGGAGGGGAGCAAAAAGGAGGCGGCAACCAAGGAGAUGUAG